AUGUUCGGCUACCGGGCGGCGGGCCCCGGGGGCCGGGCCGGGGGGGUGGGCCCGCUGCGGGGCCGCGUGGAGGAGCUGAAGCGCCCGCGGUGGCGGGAGGCCUUGCCCGCCUCGCCCCUGGUGCUUCGGCACAGCGAGACGGCCCGGUUGGCGGCGGACGCCCUGCUGGAGCGCGGCGAGGCGGCCUACCUGCACGUGGUGGCCGAGGAGCGGGAGCUGCCCUUCCUGUCCGCCCUCGACGUCGACUACCUGAGCCGCCGGGCCCGGGGCGGGACCCCCGAGCCCCCGCCGGGCAACGAGCCCCCCGGGCCCGACGGCCACCCGCCCGUCCCGUCGGACGCCACCUCGGGCACCUACUUCCCGGCCGCGUCCGACGCCGAGCCCCCCGACCUGGACCUGGGCUGGCCGGACGUGCCGGCGGCCACGGGCUUCGGCCCCACGCAGGCCGUGGUCCAUUUCCAGCGGGACCGGGCCGGGAGCAUCAAGGACCUCCUGCGCUUCCUCAUCAGCCAGGCCCGCACGGUGAUCGCCGUGGUCAUGGACGUCUUCACGGACAUGGACCUGCUGUGCGACCUGAUGGAGGCCUCGGUCCGGCGGGCAGUGCCCGUCUACCUCAUCCUGGGCGACGAACACCUGCGCCACUUCUUGGAGACGUGCUACAAGAUGGACGUCGGCGGUGCCCACCUGCCGAACAUGCGUGUGCGGAGCGUGUGUGGGGACACCUACUGCAGCAAGGCGGGCCGCAGGGUGACGGGCCAGGCUCUGGAGAAGUUCAUCAUCAUCGACUGUGAGCAGGUCGUGGCCGGGAGCUACAGCUUCACGUGGCUGUGCAGUCAGGCCCACACCAGCCUGGUGCUGCAGCUGUGGGGCGGCGUGGUGGAGGACUUCGACCGCGAGUUCCGCCGCCUCUACGCCGAGUCCAAGGCGGUGGACGGCUUCUACAGCCCCGAGGACCCCCCGGGCCCGGGCGGCGCCCCGAGCCCCCCGUCCGCGGCGCCGUCCGGCGCCAGCCUCGCCAGCGCCAAGCGCUCGCCCCUCCUCGGCGGCUCCAGCUACCGGGCGCUGCCCGGGCGGGCGGGCUCGGGGUCGCCCGGCCGGAGCCGGCGCGGGGCCGUCGGCUUCGGCGGGCCCGGCAGCCCGCCGCUGCUCCGGAGGCUGUCCGACCCCGACCGCGGCCCGGCCUGGCCCAGCCUGGAGAAGAUGGGGGCCUCGCCGUGGUCCCGGUCCUCGCCGGCCCUCAACCGCGACGGCGGGCCCGGCCCCCUGCCCCCGCGGGCUUCGCACCUCCCGCUCGAGGGCCUGGGCUGCCUCACCGAGCACGGCGGGCCCCCCGAGUCCCCGCCAAGCCGGGGGGACGCGGCCCUCGGAGAGCCGGAGAGGCGGCUGACCCUGGGCCACAGCAAGCUGGACCUCAUCACUAGGUACCACCAGGUCCGGGGGGGCCGCGGGCCCCGGCUCCCCGGGGAGGCCCGCGGGGACGAGAGGCGGCUGACCCUGGGCCACAGCAAGCUGGACCUCAUCACCAACUACCACCGGCCCCGCGGGGGCAAGACGAGCCCCGAGCGGGAGCCCUCCCCGGGGCCGGGGCCCGGGCAGGGCCACGAGCCCGGCGGCCCGGGCGACGCCGCCCACGACAAGUUCUCGGAGGAGAAGCGGCUGACUCUGGGCCACAGCAAGCUGGAUCUCAUCACCAAGUUCAACAAGUCCAAGUUCAAACUCAUCCGCAGCCGCUUCGAGACCUAGCGGCCUCCCGGACCUCCCUUCGCCCCGUCGUGUUUAUUGAGCGCCGACUGUGUGCGGAGCGCUGCGCUAAG